GCUGCCAAUCCCCGACCUAGCUACCGAGUGUACCAUGCAGUGCCUGGGCGCCGAGUACUUGGUUUCCGCAGAGAAAACACCCGGGCAGCGCGAGUGGCGACCCCAGAUUUAUAGGAAAUGCACAGAUACGGCGUGGCUGGUCCUGUUCUUUCUCUUUUGGACUGGUUUGGUGUUCAUCAUGGGCUACUCGGUGGUGGCUGGAGCCGCGGGAAGACUCCUCUUCGGCUAUGACAGCUUCGGCAAUGUCUGUGGCAAGAGGAACUCCCCAGUGGAAGGGGCCCCCCUCUCAGGGCAGGACAUGACUCUCAAAAAACACGUGUUCUUCAUGAACGCCUGCGACCUGGAAGUCAAAGACCAGUGGCUUGGUCCCACAGCCCUCUGUGUGUCCAGCUGUCCUGAGAAGCAGCUGGACACCCUGGAAGAGGUCCAGCUCUUUGCCGACAUCAAUGGGUCUUUCCUGUGUGUCUAUAGCUUGAACUCCUUCAACUAUACUCAGAGUCCAAACGCAGGUACACUGUGUCCCAGGCUCCCUGUUCCUCCAAGCAAGCCCUUCCCCCUGUUUAACCGGUGCAUCCCUCAGACCCCCGAGUGCUAUUCCUUAUUUGCAUCAGUCUUGAUAAACGAUGCCGACGCUCUCCAUCGAAUUCUAAGUGGAAUAAUGGCGGGAAGAGACACCAUCCUCGGCCUGUGUGUCUUCACGUUCGCCUUGUCUCUGGCCAUGAUGCUCACUUUCCGAUUCAUCUCCACGCUUCUGGUCCAUAUUAUCAUUUCGUUGGUUAUUUUGGGAUUGCUGUUUGUCUGCGGCGUCUUAUGGUGGUUGUAUUACGACUACACCAACGACCUCAGCACAGAAUUGGACACAGAAAGGGAGAAUAUGAAGUGCAUGCUGGCCUUUGCCAUCAUUACGACAGUCGUGACGGCGGUUCUCCUCGUCUUGAUUUUCACCCUCAGAAAGAGAAUGAAAUUGACAGUCGAGCUUCUCCGCGUCACAAAUCAAGCCAUCAGCAGCUGUCCAUCCCUGCUGUUCCAGCCACUGUGGACGUUUGCUGCCCUUGUCUUCUUCUGGGUCCUCUGGGUGGCUGUGCUGCUGAGCCUGGGGACUGCUGGCACUGCCCAGGUGCUAGAAGGUGGCCAAGUGGAAUACAAGCCUCUUUCGGGCAUUCGGUUCAUGUGGUGGUACCAUUUAAUCGGCCUCGUCUGGACUAGCGAGUUCAUCCUUGCAUGCCAGCGGAUGACGGUAGCAGGAGCAGUGACUGCUUGCUACUUCAACAGGAAUCAAAACGACCCUCCUGCCCAUCCAAUCCUUUCGUCUCUCUCCAUACUUUUCUGCUACCACCAAGGAACUGCGGCGAAAGGGUCGAUUUUAAUCACUGUGACGAGGAUCCCAAGAGUCAUUCUCACGCACGUUUAUAGUACUCUGAAAGAUCCGCAGCAUGGCGCGUGGUCAAGAGGCGCGUUCAGAUGCAGCUACUACUGUGGGCUUCCGUGUCUCACCAGAUGCCUGCACCAUCUCAACCAGAACGCAUACACCGCAGCUGUCAUUAACGGGACGGAUUUCUGCACAUCAGCGAAAGACGCGCACAGAAUCCUGUCCAAGAACUCAAGUCAUCUCACGUCUGUUAACUGCUGUGGAAACUUUGUCAUCUUCCUGGGAAAGGUGCUGGUGGUGUGCUUCACUGUUUUCGGCGGGCUGAUGGCGUUUAACUACAACCGCGCGCUCCAGGUGUGGGCUAUCCCUCUGCUGCUAGUGGCCUUUUUCGCCUACCUAGUGGCUCACAGUUUCUUGUCUGUGUUUGAAACUGUGAUCGAUAUACUUUUCCUGUGCUUUGCUGUGGACCUGGAAACCAAUGACGGAUCAUCAGAGAAGCCGUACUUCAUGUACCCCGAGUUCUUGAGUCUUGUAAAACGGACCAACAACUUAGACAACGCAAGGUCUCAAGAACACAAGGACUCUUUACCAAAUGAAGGCGGCACAGAGCUGAGACCCAUUGUGAGACAGGGACCCAGAGACUUUUGUACCUGAAGAACCUGAGCGCGCUCUGACCUCGUGGUGAUGCCGACACAAAGCCUACAGCUAUUUUCACAUGAACCAGAGCAAGAAAAAGCAUGGUAAAACUAUGCAUAUACUGCAUCUCUUUAAAAGUGCCUGGGCCUGGCGACAUGCAUCUAUAAUCCAUCCCCAGCAAGUAGGCAGCUGAAGUACCAAGACCGCCAGUGUAAGGCCAGCCUGUGCUACACAGGCAUUUAAAGCCAACCUGAAUGCUAUGUAGAGACCUUAUCUCAACAUAAAUAAAUA